ACAUGGGGAACCUGGAAGGCUACCGCGUACAUACUUGCGUUGCUACCCAUGCACGGUACCCGUGCUAGACUUGGUAUGGCUAGGAUUGUGGCUCAGGAAAGCGUUUCUAAACAGUUGAAACCUCCAGAUCGGAAAAGAGUUUCUUCAUGUUUUAAACUCGGGCUGUUAGGGCCGACUUAGCCAAAUCGAAACACGGAUUCUCCAUGUCUCCAUGUCUGUACAGAGUAACCUACCUACAUAGGUAGGUAUAUAAGAUCAAUAUGGGAGAGAGAUCGGCGUGUCUCGAAACCACACGCUGACAUAUAUUCUCUCUCCCUUACCAUAAUAAUAAUGAUAAUAAGUACAAGACAUCCACACGGAAUACACAAGUUUCUUCUCAUAUUCUCUAAUCCUAUCCCAAGAUGAAGCGGUUUAGUUGCGUCCUAGCCUCUGCCUUUGCCUUGCUUGCUACUGCGAGCCCGGUUCCUGCUACUCACCUUGAGAUUAGCAAUGGCAGUUCGGUUACCGCGGGCGACAUUUCGACCUUCAAAAUAUUCGCUCAGUAUUCCGCAGCAGCCUAUUGCAACAGUAAGGUAAAGCUGAAUUCCACUGUCACUUGCGCCAAUGACGCCUGUCCGGAUGUCACUUCUUCUGGUGCUAAGGUGGUAGCGACCUUCUCUGGACACCUCACUGAUAUCCAAGGCUUUGUCUCGACGGAUGAUACCAAUAAGCUGAUCGUGGCGUCCGUAAGGGGAUCUAAUUCGAUUCGUAAUUUCAUUGCCGAUCUCGUUUUUAUACCGUUGCCCUGUGACCUCGUGGACGGCUGCUUAAUCCACAGUGGCUUUUUCUUGUCGUACAAAGAGAUAGAAGACAAAAUGCUGGACGGUGUAAUGGCAGCUGUACUAGCCAAUCCUUCUUACAAGGUCGUCUUCACGGGACACUCAUUGGGUGCAGCUGUCGCCACAAUCGCUGCCGCCUAUGCCCGAGAUAUGGGCUAUAAACUCGACCUCUACACCUACGGUAGCCCGCGCGUAGGCAACCAGGCCUUUGUCAACUUCGUUACAGCCCAGCCGGGCGGUGAGUUCCGCGUGACGCAUCUAGACGACCCGGUCCCACGUGUACCUCCCAUCUUCGUCGAUUACCGACACACUAGCCCGGAGUACUGGUUAUCCGACGAGCACGGCAAUAGCACUCUAUACGCACCCUCGGAUAUCAAGAUAUGCGAGGGUUUCGCGAACACCGAUUGUAACGGCGGUACCGACGGACUGGACAUUCCUGCCCAUUUACUCUACUUCAGGCACAUCAGCGCAUGCGGUCUAGGCGGUAUCGUUCUCGAGGGCGCUCUCGAGGGGAGAGGUAGCCGGAGAGACGUCUCGGACGAGGAAAUACUUGCGAAACUCAACGACUGGACGGCGAAGGACCGCGAGAUCGCGGCGACGCUGACGCAGUAAAUUCUUUUUUUUUCGCCCAGGGCUUAGUCCCAUCCUCCGGUAGGAUAUUUUGGUUUUGGAUAUGAAGCAGCGCGACGCUGUAUUCUGUGGGAUUCAUUUACACGGAGAUGGCGUAAUUGGUCAUAUUUAAGGAUUUAAGAUCUAUCUGGGAUUUUAGACGGGUCUGAAGUGUGUGUUGU